AUGUCGUCGGUUGUGUCGUUAGAUGGACGGGAUAGGCCGGGAUUGUUGCGUCGACUGACAUCGGGUUGCGCUCGCGCAGCUUGCACUCAAGUUGGAUUGGUUAUCUUAGUGGUGGUUUAUGUGUUGCUUGGUGCUGUUUUGUUUGAAUACUUGGAGUCAGGACCAGAGGUGCAAAAGAGGACAGCGAUUCAGCGGUCAAGAGAAGAAUGCUUAAAGGAGCUUUGGGCGAUAACAGAGAAUGUAGAGCUUUGCACGCGUCAGUGGAUCGGCUCCUUCGGCAAAAUACUAGCUUCUCACUGUAUUUCAACACAAAAUAGCAGCAACCAACCUGUUGUUUAUCGUUCAGUGAGC